CCAAGUUCACGAGCAUCAAUCUGCUGCAGAAUAAACUUGUUGUGUCUCUGAGCAUGAAGUCAUAUUUAGAUGUCAGAUAUUUCACAAUAUCCACGCCUCAGAAUAUCUGAUGUCGCUCUGAGAGAUAACGGCCUCGGAUCAUCUUCACGUUGAAGUUUUUUUCAAGCUGCAGCUGAUCGUCGGUGUGAUAAAGAGCCGAGAGGAGCUGAGGACAGAGCUGCUUCAGACCACAUGCUGAGGGGACAUGGAUCACAGAGCGCUGGUCGUGUUACUGUCUCUCUGGAGCUCAGGAUUCUGGGCUGGAGACACAGACGGUGCAGAAGUGAAACUGUCUGAUGGCGUCACGUUGGAGGAAGGAGAGAGUCGCUGUGCUGGUAGAUUGGAGAUAGAACACCAGCGACUCUCCACGCCAGAGGAGGAACUGACAGCAGUAGAUGAGACGUGCAGGCAGCUCGACUGUGGAUCUGCUGUUUCAUGGCAAAAAAGUCGAACCAGUAUGAGACAUCCUUUAUUUGUAGACAUCACAUGUUCAGAGUCCGUCAGGCUGAACGGGACCAACCGGUGCUCAGGCCGACUGGAGGUGAAGUCCGACGAGUCGUGGUCAUCGGUGUGUGAAGGGGAGUUUGACCAGCAGGUUGCAGAGGUGGUCUGCAGGGAGCUGGACUGUGGGGCUCCUUCAGUCCUCCAGGGGGCGCUCUAUGGAGAAGUGGAGGCUCCAGUGUGGAGCAGAGAGUUCCAGUGUGAAGGAAAUGAGUCUCAUCUCCUGGAGUGUCACAGAUCAACCUGCUCAUCCGGCCGAGCACUUGGACUCACCUGCUCAGACCAUGAUGAUGUCAGGCUGGUGGGAGGAGCCAGCCACUGCUCUGGUGAACUACAGGUGAAACAUGAUGGAGUCUGGAGAGGACUCGAUUCCAUAAACUGGAACGUGAAGACACCAAAUAUAAUAUGUCUUCAUCUGGACUGUGGCUCCUCAGUUUCACCACGAAUGACAAAAUAUUCUUCACUAUGUCCUGUGUGGAGGAUCGACUCGUCCUGUGUUCAGUCCACAGAUCAACUGAGAGAAUGUUUGACAACAGGUUCUACAUGGAGCCCUUACAGCUGGUUCAUCACCUGCUCAGAGUCCGUCAGGCUGAACGGGACCAACCGGUGUUCAGGCCGACUGGAGGUGAAGUCCGACGAGUCGUGGUCAUCGGUGUGUGAAGGGGAGUUUGACCAGCAGGUUGCAGAGGUGGUCUGCAGGGAGCUGGACUGUGGGGCUCCUUCAGUCCUCCAGGGGGCGCUCUAUGGAGAAGUGGAGGCUCCAGUGUGGAGCAGAGAGUUCCAGUGUGAAGGAAAUGAGUCUCAUCUCCUGGAGUGUCACAGAUCAACCUGCUCAUCCGGCCGAGCACUUGGACUCACCUGCUCAGACCAUGAUGAUGUCAGGCUGGUGGGAGGAGCCAGCCACUGCUCUGGUGACCUGGAGAUGAACCACCAGAGAGAGUGGAGACCAGUGGCUGUCUGGGGUGGAUGGAACCAGAUGUUGGCAGAUAAAGUUUGCACACAUCUGGAUUGUGGUUCUGUUGUUUCAACAAACGUAACAAAUGAUUCUCCAGGCAGAUCUGAGUGGAUGAUCCACUAUAACUGUGUUCAGUCGAAAUCUGCACUCAGGGAAUGUGUGAUGCUGACUGAUGAUGAUGAAACCAACAAAGGCAUCAGAGUGAUUUGCUCAGAGUCCGUCAGGCUGAACGGGACCAACCGGUGCUCAGGCCGACUGGAGGUGAAGUCCGACGAGUCGUGGUCAUCGGUGUGUGAAGGGGAGUUUGACCAGCAGGUUGCAGAGGUGGUCUGCAGGGAGCUGGACUGUGGGGCUCCUUCAGUCCUCCAGGGGGCGCUCUAUGGAGAAGUGGAGGCUCCAGUGUGGAGCAGAGAGUUCCAGUGUGAAGGAAAUGAGUCUCAUCUCCUGGAGUGUCACAGAUCAACCUGCUCAUCCGGCCGAGCACUUGGACUCACCUGCUCAGGUCCACGCAGAGUCAGGUUGGUGGGAGGAGCCAGUCGCUGCGCUGGUGAACUGGAGAUGAACCACCAGAGAGAGUGGAGACCAGUGACUGUCGGGGUUGGAUGGAACCAGAUAUCAGUGGAUAAAGUUUGCACACAUCUGGAUUGUGGAUCUGCUGUUUCAACAAAAGUUACAGAUAAUUCUCCAUACAGACCUGUGUGGUGGAUCGAUAACGACUGUGUCCAGUCCGAAUCUGCACUCAGGGAAUGUGUGAAGCUGUCUGAUCUAUAUAAAACCAAGAAAGGCCAUGAAGUGAUCUGCUCAGGUUUGCUGGUUCAGCCAAACGUCUCCGUCUCGCCAAUUGUUGGGGUCUCCGGGGCCGAGCAGCAGGGGUAUCAUGUGCUCCUGGGCUCCAGCUUCACCGUCACGUGUUCUACUGAACCACAGUACCAAGGAGGCUCCUUCCACCUUCUCUUCACCACCUCCGACACGGCACACAACUACACCCUACCGGCUGUCAAUCACUCCGCCCACUUCCUGUUCCCUGCUGCGCGCAGCGCCCACCGAGGGGACUACACAUGUGUUUACCACGCCUACGUUUUCUCCUAUAACUUCUCUUCCGAGAGCCGGCCUCUCCAUGUCAUUGUCUCAGCUUCUGUGACUGAUCUGAUCAUCAGAUGUGUCGUGGUGCUGCUGCUUCUGACGGUGUCGACCCUCAUCCUCUACUUCCACUUCAAGGCCGAAGGACGCCGGAGGAGACAGAGGCCUGAGACUCGUCAGCGCCCCCGCAGGUCAACAGCUGCAUCACGCGUCAACGUAGAGUAAAAGGAUCACAGCCGCAAUGGAAGAAGCUUCAGAUGGAUUUCAUCCAGAUAUUGAAUAUGUGUCAAUGUACAGUAUCAAAUGAUACACAUAUAGAUAAUCGGCGGACUGGUCCUUCAAAUUCAUAUCAGUGGUUUUGGAAGUGGAGUAUGAGGCAAAGUUGCAGCACUUAUUGAAUAUUUACACUCAGCUUAUUGUCAGUUGUGGUUAAAUGUAUUGUUUUAAACAUAAGUUACUGCUUUUAUUUACUCAUUUAUUAAUACAUUUACGUUUGAUAUUCAUCUUUACUUUUUUAAUACUCGCUUAUACUACCAUGAACAAUAUACUUUACUUAGUCAAUAUUUGAUUCAGCUUUUCGAAAGACUGUUCAAAUUAAGUUAUUAUUAUUAUUGUUGUUGUUGUUGUGUUUGUCCCCAUCAUCACGACAAGUCUCCAUCAUGUGAGUGUGUAAACACAUGUUGUUUCUUUUUCUUCAAAGACAAAGUUAGAUGUUGACUUAUAAAGACGGAAAAUAACUCACUGAUCAGUUUAUCCCCAUAAUUUUACAACUUUAAUCCCAAAACUAUUUGUUUAUCUCUCAAAUUUUUUCUCACACAAACUUUCAUUAGGAUACAUUCAUUGUUGGUUUUGGUCUUUUAUGGGAUUUUUUUAAAUGAUAAAAAUAAAGAAAACCAUCAGAUCUUUUCAGAUUCAUGUCAGGAAGUGGAGUAUGAGGCAAACUUACAGCACUUAUUGAAUAUUUAAAUUAAUGUAAAUGUUAACAGUAAAAAACAACACAGCUUAUUGUCAGUUAUUGUUAAAUUGUAAUUUUUAAUGCACAAGUAACUGCUUUUAUUUACUCAUUUAAUAAUACAUUUGUUUGAUAUUCAUAUUUUUCUUUUUAUACUCACUUAUACUUACAUGUACAAUAAACCUUUACUUGGUUGAUAUUUGAUUCAUAGUUUUU